AAAUGAUAAAAUCGAUUUGUUUUUGUUUCGUUGUUCACUUUCUCUUCACUGAAUAGCUUAGGAUUAGGUUUGAAAAGAAUCAUUUUUCUUGGCACAAUUUCAAUUAAACUUUGGUAAGCAGCUACCCUCUGUUUUAAAGGGGCUUUGCAGUGAAACAUGGAAUAAUGACCACCGAAUUGUAGAUCAAAUUUACUAAUAUCUCACACACUAGAUCAAGUAAACAGCUACCGUGUGAAAUUUUGAGCUCUAAAAAGGCUGAAAGUGUUUCCUUCGGAAUGGAAGAAGUGCGUGACCGUCUUGCAGAUGUUGUUCAAUCGAUGCAGUGAUAAGCGAUGGUAAACGGACAUAAAGAAAACGAUCGUAAUCCUAGGUUAAGGGUUAUAAACAAUAAUACUGCAUAGUCUGACCUUUUCUGUAUUUCCUAUACUGGUGCAAUGAAUUGGUAACGUCUUAGUCGAGCAUUACGAUGGCUACCGAAAAUGGACUGCGAGUCGUGAGGCAGUAUUCAGAUGAAGGACGUAAUAUGGCCAUGAGGGCUUUAAACGAUGCCAAUGCCAGCACAACAAUGAGAAAUGCGUGGUCCAAUAUUUUAUCGUUCGUUCAACGGCUGAAACAUGCCGCCAGAGAAGUUGCUGACCCUACAAUAAUCUACGAGCAACUACGGAUACUUUUCCGCGACGAGAUCUCCCGCAACAAUGCAUUUUUUAUUCUGGUUGGAAUUGGUUUCGGCACCACUGGAGGUGUCCUACUCGGGUUUUGGCUAGCUCGACCCCAUUUGGCCACACCAAUUAUGAAAUCGAUCGCAUGUACCUCAUUUCGGGAUCCGAACAAUGUGACCGUGUGCAAUACCGCUGUUCGUCAGUUUGAAUCUUCCUCCGACAUUUUGGUACGUGUUCGAGCCGCCGCACUGAACAGAAUUGAUAGACGAAUAGCGUUCGGAUAUGGAAGAACACUUCGUCGAAUGAUCAAGAACUACGACGUAAGCUACAAUCCAGAACUUCCAUUAGUGUUGGGGCGUUCAUGUGCAGGAAUAGUUGAAGCUGUUGGAAAGGGUACUAAAAGUGGAAUUGAAAUUGGCGAUGAAGUGUGGUUAGUGUCCCCAUGGUACGAGUCAGGUGCAGCGGCAGAACUUGUAGUUGUGCCAGAAACUCGAUUAUCUCGAAAACCAUUCCUAAUUGGGUUCGAAGGUGCUGCCAGUUUGCCAUACAGUGGUUGUAUAGCUUUAAGUUUGAUGGAUGCCAACGGCCUGACAGAGCAUACAUCCAAAGGAAAACGAAUAUUAGUGCAAGAUGCAUGCUCACCAGUAGGAUGUGUGAUAACACAACUAGCCAAUAAGUGGGGAGCUAACGUUGCCGUUACUUGCCACACGAGAUCAGCUCCAGUCAUCCAUGAAUUGGAGGAACGAGGUGCCAACGACAUAAUCACAUUUGCCAAUGAACAUUUUCGAUCAAAUUUCAUUGACGUUAAUGUAGAAAAGUCCAAUCUAAUCAACGAAUUAACAGGGAGAGAAAAGUUUGACUACAUUUUUCUAACGACUCGAAUAGCAUACGAUCACAGGUUUCUGGAAAAAUUUCUCGCUAAAGGUGGCAUCAUUGUAGAUACGGUUGAACCAGAGCUUCCGUCGGAUGAGUUUGGUCCAUUGAUGCGAGUGCUUCUUAGCCUACUAGUGAGAUUUCGGAAAAUGACAACGGCAAUCUUUCGAACUCAUCCAGACUGGGGUGGACCUCAUCUUUGUCACAUGGUGCUAGAGAGACUGGCGGGUUUCGUGAAUGACGAAACACUAAAAACGGUUGUUGACAGGGUUUACACACCAAACGAAGUCGAACGGGCUCUGGAUCAUAUAUGCAGUGACAAAAGUAUUGGUAGCACAAUUAUCACGUUCCGAUGAGCGUAGCUAUUGGACGAAAAAAUACAGCUCAUAAAUGAUCAUACUUAAUUUUAUGUUUUAGUUAUGACUUCCCCGUGUUAGAAUAACGGUAUCAAACCUAUGAGGCAUAAACGGGUUGGGUAAUGAAUUGAACUGCAAGGCUAGCAAUACUAAAACACGAGCUGCCUCGUCAUACAACUCGAACUAGUUUCCAUUGAAUCAAAACAUAUUUAUUUCUCAAGUAUAUCGCAAUACCAAAGCAAUUUAAAUAUUGUGAAGUUUCAAUUUCCAACACUACCGUUUUUAUUCCUCAUUGGUAUCGAACAAUCCUUCUCAUGAUAUUUAGUUUAGUUGCGAAUCAAGUCCUACUGAAAAUUAUCAUACUGCCAACUAAUUAUUGGCAAAGUUCGUAACAUCAGCAUUAUUAUAUUUUCUAGAAAUUUGUAUGAAAAAAUAAGGAUUUUAUCAAAACGAAUAAAACGCAUGCAUCUGUAAA